AUGUUCAGGUACCCCGAGUGCGUGUGGCCUCGGAAGCGGGGGGCUGUGGGGGAGCGGGCCGCGCUCUGCCCGCUGGCGCACGGGAUGCGAGGGAGCGGGGGAGCUCAGGUUCAAGAGCGUUCGCGGGGCGCGGAGCAUCGCGUUCCUCCCGGGCGUUCGCGGCGGGAACUGAUGUGUGGGUCCUGCGGUGCCUGGGUGCGAGCCGUUCAUGGGGCCGUGGUUGCGGGUCUCCCGGAAUGCCCCCCUCCCGCUGCUCCCGCCUCCGUGCAGCACGCGGGGGUGGCGGCGCUCUCGUUGACCGUGGAGCGCUGGCGGGAUGGAGUAGAGCGGAGUAUCCCGCGCUCCCCCUCCACGGUCCCUUCGUCCUCGGCCCUUCCUCGAGUGCCCCCGGCUACGCUGAAUUUCCGCAGCACGGUCUGUGGGAGAAGUGGGCGGGGGGGGCGAGCCGUAGCGCAUCUCUGCCGUCUUUCAGCAGCCCCCUGCUCGCCCGCGGAGCCGACCCGGGAACCGGCCUGUCUCUGUAGAAAACACCUCAAAGGUAUCUCAUCUUCCAGGAGCAAUGUGUCCGGCAGCUUUUUGUGGGGCUUGAACGGCGACGCCAGCAGGACCUCGGAGCUUCUCUCUGGCAUGGGAGUGUCUGUCCUUAAGAAGGACAAGCUGGACGAUGAAAACACUGUACAAGAUGCGCAGGGAGCAUCAUCCUGUUCUCACAAACGGCAGAAGAUAAAGGAGAGGGACUUUGUCAUUGUGCGCCGGCCUCGGCUGCCCCGCGAUUCAGGUGCUUCUUGGGAUACACUUCCAGAUGAAUUGCUUUUGGCCAUCUUUGCAUAUUUGCCCCUAAGUGACUUGAUAAGAGUUUCUGUUGUUUGCAAGAGGUGGCAUCGUCUUUCGUUUGAUGAAUCUCUCUGGCAGACUCUUGAUCUGGCUGGUAAAAUUUUGGUGCCAGGAGUGGUUGGACAGUUGCUGCCUGCAGGUGUUACUGUAUUCCGCUGCCCACGAUCUUCUAUUGGGAGCCCAUUGUUCAAAACAAGCAAACCUCUCAAACUUCAAUGUAUGGAUUUGUCGAACUGUACAAUGUCUGUUGCAAGUCUCCAGAGUAUUCUUAGUCUGUGUGAAAAGCUGCAGAACCUCAGCUUGGAGGGGCUAGUGCUUUCUGAUGACAUCAUCGAAUAUAUUGCUCAGAAUCCCAGUUUGGUGCGACUAAAUCUCUCUGGGUGCUCAGGGUUUGCUGUAGAACCCUUGAAGCUGAUGUUGAGCAGCUGUUCUAUGUUGGAUGAGCUGAACUUGUCCUGGUGUAAGUUCACAGAUGCCCAUGUCAAAGCAGCAGUCAAUCAUAUUACUUCAAAAGUAACCCAAUUAAACUUAAGUGGAUACAGACAGAAUCUACAAAUGCAAGAUGUUCAGACACUGGUGGAAAGAUGUCCUUUACUUGUCCAUUUAGAUCUAAGUGACAGCGUGAUGUUAAACCCUGAGUGUUUCAAGUAUUUCCAUAAACUCAGCUAUCUACAGCAUCUGUGUCUUAGCCGAUGUUAUCAGAUAUCCCCUGCUGACUUAGCGGAACUUGGUGGAAUUCCAACAUUAAAGACUCUUCAGGUAUUUGGAAUCGUGACUGAUGGCUCCCUAGAGGUCCUCAAGGAAUCUCUUCCUGACGUAGAGAUCAAUUGUUCAUACUUUACAAGUAUCGCAAGGCCAACUGUUGGUAGGAAAAGGAGCCAUGAGAUUUGGGGCAUCAAAUGCAAAUUGGCACUGAGAAAUUUUAGUGGCUUAUGAUCAUGUACAAUGCCCUGGAUGCAAUGAACAUACUGUGUGUAGUGAAGCUCCUUAAGAACCAGAAUGCUGGAGCACUUUCAGUGAUAGUAUUGUUAUUGUAAAACGCAUUCUGACUUGGUCUUGUGCCUUAAUGUAGUUUCAUAAAUAUUCUCACAGUAUUUUUUUACUUACAGCCUUUAGAAACCUGAUAAUGUGGGAGCGAUUGUGGACUUCUUUUUUUCUGUAACUGGGGAUAUUUUUUCAAAAGUACUGUGAAACAGCUGUUGUAAUCAAACAGUGCCAGCCUAUAGCGACUGUUGUAUGUUCUGAUGCAGCUUUUGGUGCUUUGUGGUGUUCUAAAGGUGCUUCUGGUUAA